CCGUCCUAUUUCACUGGAGCCUAGGGAGGGCUGGAGGCUUCAGUGUGGAGUUCUCUCCCAGGUUUCUGCAGUCCUCCCUCCGCCUCGGCUGGAGUCUGGGACAGCGCCCCAGCCCCACUGGGUUCCGACUCCCCCUUUCCUCCCUGGGGCGGGGCUCCGGCUGCUGGACCGCCAGAGCCGUCCAGUCUAGCCAGCUCUGUGGCGCGGCGCCGGCUCAGAGGAACAGAGACGCGCUGGUGCCGCUGUGCCAGUGGCCACUGUGCAGAGCAUCGCGAUUUGGACGCGGAGGAGGAGAAGGAAGGGACCGUGUGGGCUGCCCGGGCCACUCUUCCGCGCCUCCCGCCUGGGUAUCUCAGCGCGUCCUCCGCCGAGCCUCACGAUGCGGGCAUCCUGGUGCCCAGGGCUGUCGCUCCUGCUGUCCUUUGUUGCAGGUGGUUUUGUUAACUCGGCAGCCAGCUCAAGAAGUCACAGACCAUUGGCAUUUGCAGACCAGCCUGGCGUCUGUCACUAUGGCCCUAAAUCUGAAUGCUGCUAUGGAUGGAGGAAGAACAGCAAAGGAUUCUGCGAAGCCAUUUGUGACCAUGGGUGCAAGUAUGGCGAAUGUGUGGGGCCAAACAACUGUAAAUGCUUUCCUGGAUUUACAGGGAAAACCUGCAGUCAAGAUAUGAAUGAAUGUGGACUGAAACCUCGUCCCUGUAAGCACAGAUGCAUGAACACCCAUGGCAGCUACAAGUGCUAUUGCCUCAGUGGCUACAUGCUGAUGCCAGAUGGCACCUGUUCUAAUUCUAGGACCUGUGCCAUGACAAACUGCCAAUAUGGCUGUGAAGACACCAAAGAUGAGGUACGGUGUCUGUGUCCAUCAGCUGGGCUACAACUGGGACCUAAUGGAAGAGCUUGUAUAGAUGUUGAUGAAUGCACAUCUGGUAAAGCUCUCUGUCCCUACAAUCGGAGAUGUGUGAACACCUUUGGAAGCUACUACUGCAAAUGCCACAAUGGUUUUGAACUGAAAUACAUCAAUGGGCGAUAUGACUGUGUAGAUAUAAAUGAAUGUAUGGCAAAUACUCACAAGUGCAACAUUCAUGCUGACUGCCUCAAUACCCAAGGUGCUUUUAAGUGCAAAUGUAGACAGGGAUAUAAGGGUAAUGGAUUUCAUUGUUCUGUUAUUCCUGAAAAUUCUGUGAAGGAAAUCUCCCAGACACCAGGAACCAUCAAAGACACCAUCAAGAAGUUGCUUGCUCAUAAGAGCAGUGUAAAAAAGAAUGAAGAAAUAAAGAAUGUGAUUCCAGAACCUGCUGGGACACCAGCUACCAAGGUUCUGUUGCAGUCAUUCCAUUAUGAAGAUGGCAUUCAGGUCGGCAGGGCCUAUGAUAGAAAGGUGAAAGAACACGGAGAUACCAGGAGAGAAGAUGAGCCAGAGGAAGGACAGCUUGAUUUCAGGAACCAAAUUGAUCCGGAGCAUAGCCUUAGAGGAGAUGUGUUCUUCUCCAAGGUUAAUGAAGAGGUUCCGUUUGAUCCAUUCCUGGUCCAGAGAAAAGUUCCCACCUCAAAACUGGAACCCAAAGAUUUAAAUAUUUCAGUUGACUGCAGCUUUGAUCAAGGGAUUUGUGAUUGGAAACAGGAUUCAGAAGAUGAUUUUGACUGGAAUCCUGCUGAUCGAGAUAACGCUGUUGGAUAUUACAUGGUAGUCCCAGCCUUCGCUGGACAUAAGAAGGAUGUUGGUCGCUUGAAACUUCUCCUUACCAACCUUCAGCCCCAAAGUAGCUCCUGCUUAAUGUUUGAUUAUCGACUUGCUGGAGAAAGAGUAGGGACACUUAGAGUUUUUUUGAAAGAGAAAAAUAAUACUCUUGCCUGGGAGGAGAACAGCAAUGAGGAUGGAAGGUGGAGGACUGGGAAAAUUCAACUAUAUCAAGGAAUUGAAACUACUAAGAAUAUCAUUUUUGAAGCAGAACGUGGCAAGGGCAAAACUGGAGAGAUUGGUGUAGACACUGUCUUAUUAGUUUCAGGUGUAUGUCAUGAAGGUCUUUAAUUGCUGAACAUGAUUAAAUUUUUUUAUUAUCUUCCCUUUAAGCUAGUACUGUAUUUUUCUACAUAAUAACAUAGAUACCAAUACAUCCUAAAAAUGCUAGCAGACUAAAAUUUACUUCUUAAUACCCAUUUUUAUCUGAAAUGUGAUAAUACUGACUUUAUAGUGCGGUACUCUUGUGUUUUGUCACUCAACUUUGGAUUGGUUCAUAAAGUACAGAAGUGUCUGUGCAAA